CCAUCUCCCAGACAAGUCCUCCAGGUGGGACGAUCCGUCCUGUCGAGGGGGCGGAGGGGAUGGUUCCCACGGUAACAUUCCAUCGCUGUUGUCAAUGGCGACGCGUCACAUGGACAUAACCACGCCCCCUCUGCCUCAAGUCAGGGAGGUGUUGAGAGUAGCAGAACACAGACACCGCAGAGGACUGAUGUAUCCCGAGAUAUACCACAUACUGACCAAGGGAGAGAUUAAGAUGGCGGUGUGUAUAGAAGAUGAUUGUAACAGUGAACUGCCUCCAGCCUCUCUGCUGUUCAGAGCAGCCAGACAGUACAGCUAUGGGGUCCUCUUCAGCCUAGCCGAAACACACCGACGCCUCGAGAGACUCGCCAUGCGCAACAGGGGACCCCUCGAAGUUCCUCCAGUGAUAGUGAAGGAGUGGUCCAGUGGGAAGUCUAAGUCGGCCCUGACCCCGGAGCUGGUUCCAGCGCUGUGCUUCAGAGAGUGGACCUGUCCUAACCUGCGGAGGCUGUGGCUUGGUAGAGCCAGUGAAGAUCGCUCCCGGAGGACCAGAGCUUUCCUAGCCUGUCUCCGCUCUGACUGUCCUGCCCUACUCAACCCUGCUCAGGUCCCACAACACCUUCUGCUCAUGUGCUGCGUGCUCAGGUAUAUGAUGCAGUGGCCAGGUGGUCGUAUUCUACAGAGACAUGAGUUAGAUGCCUUCCUGGCCCAGGCAGUCUCUAACCAGCUCUACGAACCAGACCAGCUACAGGAACUCAAGGUGGAGAAGGUGGAUGGUCGGGGAGUCCAGCUGGCGUCUCUCUUCAUGGCCGGCGUGGACACGGCUCUGUUGGUCAACGAUGUGUGUGGUCAGCCGUUACCAUGGGAACACUGCUGCCCCUGGGGCUUCUUCGACGGGAAACUCUUCCAGACCAAACUGGCCCGUGCUGCCCGAGACCGCCAAGCCCUGCUCGACAUGUGUGAAGGACAGGAGGAGCUGGUGUCUCGUGUGGAGAAGAUGCGUCAGGCCAUCCUUGAAGGCAUCAACUUCUCUCGUCCUCCUCCCCCACCUCCUCCUCUCCCCCUCCUUCCUUCCUGCCCCCUCCCCCUUCUACCCUCUGCCUCCCCUCUACCCCCCCGCCCAUGGGCAACAUGCCACACCACCACCACCCUCAACAUCCUCACCCUCAUCACCACUCACACCCAGCCCAGCACAGACCCAGAGCCUUCCCAGGUCUGCAGUCGAUCCCCCCCCAGGGAGGGAAGUUGGAGAUAGCCGGAAUGGUGGUGGGCCAGUGGGCCGGGAACAAACCACUGCGUGGCAGAGGGGGAUUCAACAUGCAGGUGGUGUCAGUCGGGGCAGGGAGAGGAAGGGGUAAAGACGUCCCAGUGAAAGGAGGGCGAGGAGGUAAAAAGACCUCACCCCCUCCCCCCUCCACCAGCCCCCCCAAGUCCUCUGAGGGUGAGGGUCUUAACUCUGGGGGUGUGGCCCAGAAGCUGAACGGCAGCCCUGCAGCCUCCGCUAUUGGCCAGCCUUUGGAUCUUCCUCCACUGGCCCAGCCAAACCCGUGUGCCUUAGCCAGCAAAGACAACCAAUCAGAGGAGGCCCCUUGUUGCCUUGACAGCUGUCCUUCAGACGGAAUGUAACGAAAGAGGAUUGACUAGGCUUUCCCAGAAUGCACCAGGGUGUUCUGAAAGUGCCGUCUGUGUUCCACUGCCUUCCCCUGUCUGUUAGCCUCGCCCACCAACACACCAACCAGGAAGUCAGAGAGGGGGAGGUGCUCUGCUCAAUCAGUCGAUUUGAUUGAGGCGUUCCGCUAGCCUUUCCCCCCCUCUCUCUGCUCCUCCGUGUGAUUGGUUUGGCAGAGCAGUAAGCCCAACCCCUUGAUUUUGUCAUGUUUUAUUUUAACGAUGAGAGGUUUUUCUCCAUGAGUCCAUUUUGUCUAAGCCCCGCCUCUGCCCCAUAAAGGCCCCACCACAUGGCUGUUGUAGCCCCA